CUGGAUAGACCGAUUUUCGCGCGCGACCCACGAAUCUUGCAAUAUAUCGUUUCGUCAUGGAUCGCUGGUCCGGUAAAGUUGCCGUGGUCACGGGUGCCAGUGCCGGAAUAGGAGCUGCGAUUGUCAAAAAGCUCCUGGAAUGCGGUCUGAUAGUGGUCGGGCUGGCUAGAAGAGUCGAGAGAAUCAAGGAGCUGACCGACGACCCCGAGGCCAAAUUACACGCGGUCGAGUGCGACGUGACGAACGAGAAGAACGUCGUGACCGCCUUCGCCUGGGUCAAAGAGAACAUCGGCUCGAUCGACGUGCUCGUCAACAAUGCCGGCGUCACCAAGGAGACGACUCUGUCCGAUGGAAAUCUCGAGGAGUGGCGGCGCGUGUUCGACGUGAACGUGCUCGGCUUGUGCGUGUGCACGCGCGAGGCCGUUCGCCACAUGCGCGACUCCGGCGAGGACGGCCUGAUCGUGCACAUCGGCAGCUUGGCCGGCGAGCGAGUGCCACCCGUGCCGGCCUUCAACGUCUAUCCAGCCGCCAAGAGGGCCAUCAACGCCUUGGCUCAGACUCUGAGAUACGAGCUCGCCGGCUCGAAGAUUCGCGUCUCCACCAUUAGCCCGGGUGUGGUUGCCACGGAAUUGCUCGCCGAUUACUCGACCUUUACACCCGAGGUACUUAAGCAUAUGCCGGUGCUCCAUCCUGGCGACGUUGCCGAGGCAGUCGCUUUCAUCCUGUCGGUGCCUUCGCAUGUCUUGGUACAAGAUAUCGUCCUUCGCCCGGUUGGUGAGUCUUGGUAAAAGAAUUGGACGAUCUUUUCAUCUCGAAAAUGCAUUUUUGAAUAGUCCAUGCUACGAUUUACAAAUACAUGUGAUACAUUAAAAUUAGUUUUAUAUCCUUUUCGAACUCUUCACCGUUACAUCAACACCUGACCUUUCAAAAUUAAUCUUCAAAGUCUUAAGAGACUUCAGAAAAAGCUUUAUGUUUCAUAGAAUUAUAAAUUUUGAUUAUUUGAUGGUACAGCCUACGUAGAAUUAAAUUAUUAUUUUUAAGAUUGCAGAAUUUUAACGAAAUUCUUUGUUUAUCAAAAGGUAAUUAAUGCUACAAAGAGUAUUCGCGCGAGAAAAGUGUAUGUUACUGUUCCGACGAUAAGAUUUGUUAUAAUUCUAUUAGCGCUUCUGGUAAUACAUGCAAUUUACUUUCUACCCUAUGAGAAAGAAAAAAAAUUUUGUUUGGAUUUUUGAUGAAUGAUUAUGCACUAUAUUUAAAAAAUUAUGAGCAUAAGAUCAAAUUUAAAUCAAAGAAUCAAUCAUUAAUAAAUAAUAUUUCGAUACCUAAGUAAAAAGGUAGUAAUGAUUUCUUCUCUCAAAGAUAUUUUGUGAAUAAUAAUGCAAGAGCUAUGUAUAUAAAAAAACGAACAAAUAAAAUCAUGAAGACAAGUAGGUGCCAGAUUUAAAAUUCAAUAUGGUACAUCUAAUAUAUCUCCGUGUCAAUGACACUAAUAAUAAAAUUAGAGAAAAAGAAUAUUAAAAUUUGGAAAAAAAUUCAAAGAAGAAGAUGAGAAUACAUGCAUUUAUUUACAGUAGAAGAUGAGGUAUCUCGAUUAGUGCAACCGAAAUUUGAAAAUACCUUGGUGUUAGAUCCUCCGGAAGAUCUCCCAAUUCAUCCAACGAUGGAUGAUGAAAACGUUCCUCUUUAAAUAUGGUUCGCACUUUCUUCCUAAAUCGAGAUUAUGAAUCAGUCAAUCGAAAUCCUCACCUCCUCUUGUCACUUCGAUUUUAUCCAAUAACGAGCUCUCUUAAUUUCCCCGACGGGGGAAAACUGAGACAAUCCGAGAAUUAUCCAAGUUUAGCAAGUGACAUAGUUUCGGGAAAACUUGACUUUACUGUUGGAAAACUAUGAUGGAAUCCUCUUGUUAAAGUCAUUCAUCCAAAAUUGUCUUAAUUUCAAAAUCACAAUUAACACUAACUCAUGCAAAACGAAUUCCCAAUGCUUUCACAUAUACUAAUCCUUUGAUGGGUCCGAUGUAUCGAAGAUUUUUGAUAAGUUUUUUCCUACACAAUAGAUCGUAAAAUUAUCACAGUAAAUAGAAUCCACGAUUAAUAGUGUUGACUCGAAGGUGAGUGAAAUAACACCAAAUAUGAGUCACACUGAAUAAUCGGAAAACCAUGAUUUGAUCCAGUUUGCUUAUAAAUCCUCUUACAAUUAUGAAAUCUCAUCCUUUAAAUUGACUCGAAUCCUGAAUCCAAUGCUUUUAAAAUCCUUUUGCGAUAAAAUCCUUUUAAUUCGCUCAAUAUCCUAUCCUCGCGAUCCUUUCCCGAUUAUUCUCUCAUGUUCUCCGCGCAAAUUCCCUCCAAAGCAACGCGUCACGAAUACAUAAUCCAGUGUAGAAGCAAGUUCAUCAGGUGUAGGUUUCAUUCAUUGUGUAACAAUCCAAUCCCAUAUAUACAAAAGAGAAAAAUAAGUUAGUUUCAAUUUUAUUACAACAUAAGCUCUGAAGAUUAAUCAAAAUUUAAUUGAC